UUUUAUUUCAAAUGGUUUUAAUGUUUGUUUUAUAGUCAUUGAGGCUAAUUACCAAAGGUUAAUAAAUCUAAAACGUUGUAAAAGAAAAUGCUGAGAGAAUAAGGAAUCCACUUUAAGUUAAAGAUGCAAAGACUUUAGAAUUUUAAAUGAUGUUCAAUCUAAAGAGAUUUAUGUUAGGUAGCCUCAUAACAUUAAUUGCAUAAAAGAAGAUAUUAUUAUAAGAAUCAAAGUGCAUGCAGUCAUUAAAUUAGUAGAAGGCUUGAU